UACUGUCCCACCCAGGGCCUUUCUGCAGCAGUAAUCAGCCCUGGAGUUGGGAGGCUGAGGUGGUUUGAGUUCUGCUGAGUCCCUGUCAAAGACCCAUUAGAGUCCUGGAUGUCCCACCCUCGGGAGAAGGACUUCAGGGAGGGACUUCAGCAGCUGGAUCAGGGCGCGCGCUGACAACCUGGACUAAAUCCAAGCAGGCGCGCUUGAAACCGGGACCUGGACCUCCUCUGAGAUGCAGAGACGAACCUCUCAGCCGUCCUGUGAUGGACGGGUUCGGUUCUGAUGCGCUGUUGGACCUAGAAGGAGUUCUUCACCUGGAUCAGGUAUUUGGUGAAUCGGAGUUCUGAACCGGGUGGAGCGGAUGGCCAUCUCCAGCUGCUGCUUGAUGAGUCCCCGUGCUACUCGGGUGUAAUAGGGAGGAGGAUGUAUGGAAUAAACCAGCGCUGUUUUUACUUAUCCGUUCACUUGUUUGUGCUGUGGUACCAAGCUCAGGGGGAGAAUCACCCGUCUCCUAAUUUUAACCAGUAUGUGAGGACGCAGGGCGCCGUGACGGACCAGCUGAGCCGCCGGCAGGUCCGGGUCUACCAGCUCUACAGCCGCACCAGCGGGAAGCACGUCCAGAUCCAGGGGAAGCGGGUCACAGCCACCGCGGAGGACGGAGACCUGUUCGCUCGCCUGUUUGUGGAGACGGACACGUUUGGAAGUCGUGUAAGGAUCCGUGGAGCUGAAAGUGGCCGCUACCUCUGUAUGAACCACAAAGGGAAGCUGGUGGGAAAGCCCAGAGGCCGCAGCAGAGACUGUAUCUUCACUGAGAUAGUUCUGGAGAACAAUUACACGGCCCUGCAGAAUGCCAAGUAUGACGGCUGGUAUGUGGCUUUCACCAGGAAAGGGAGGCCUAUGAAAGCCUCCAGGACUCGGGAGAACCAGAGAGAGGUCCACUUCAUCAAGAGGCUUCACACAGGCCCACCCCCCUUCCCCAACAUGGACCAGAGCAGACACUUUGAGUUCUUCCGAUUCCGGGGCACACGCCGAGCCAAGCGGAACAGGAAGCCCCGUACCUCUUCCUAACGGAACAUUUGAACUUUCUCUGUAAACGAUGAAUCAGAUGCAGUUUUAUUUUUAUAUGUUUUGUGUUGGUGACUCAAGUGUCAUAAAUCUAAAGUAAUAUUACUGUAAAAUGGUCUAAUGUAAAUACUGAUAGAGUAAAAACUGAUAAUAUGUA